AUGGAGGCGAAUAUGCGGCCACCAAAGACAUGCCAGCUGCCGUGGAUCAAUUAUCAGCACCGCCAAUACACCACGAUGCUGCCAUUCUUUGCCCUAGACACCCCUAAAGCAGGGAUUGCCAUUGUGGCGACGCCAGAGAACCAGGAAGCUUCAAGCUUUGUCAUGGGUGGCGUGUGGAGAAUCCCGGUAUGCAUUGGAAACUGGACGUUCAAGAAGAAAAGAAGACCAAAACAGAGACCUCAAGCAUUCUCUACAAUGGACGGGAAGAGGGAUAUGAAGACGAGGGAGACGCCAGGUUGGCCUCCGGAUCGUCGGACAGACGAUUCACCGCCACGGUGGGACGAUUCCGCGGAGGAGGCGAUGAAGCUGCUGGUGAGGAAGGAAGAGGAAGUGAGGGGGAACUGGAUCACCUCGUCGGAGUUCCGAAUCGAGCAAUGGGUGCCACGAUUGACGACGACUCCGCUUGGAACGAAGCUUGAGUUAGGUUUUUAUCCUAGUUGCUGGGUCGAACCACCGGAGUUGACGGGGAAUGUGAUGACGGAGCAGGAGCUUCGCGCGGCUUCUUCGACUGCGCGAGUGAUAGUGACUCCAGUUGGGGGGGGGGGUCUAUCGACGCGGGGGCGAAGGUGA